AUGGCAACAUCCUUUAAAGAUAGAACAAAUGAGUUUCAUUCUAUGUGUGAACGUAUCCGUUCUCGUACCAACGUACCGACCUCAAUUCUAGAAAGGAGAGCAUUAUUGUCAUCUCCCGAGCCUUCACAUUCUUCAUUAAGCAACAAGAAAAAGACGUCUCAUGCUCGUUCUGAGUUUUCAAUGAUGGCAGUUGAAAUCAGUAGACAAAUCACAAACACCGCAGCUAAAUUAGAGAAAUUGACCAGAUUGGCUAAAAGAAAGACUUUGUUUGACGAUAAACCUGUUGAAAUUAGUGAAUUGACAUUUAUAAUUAAACAAGAUAUUGCAAAGCUAAACAAACAAAUCGCUAUGCUUCAAGACUAUACGAAAAAUCAGAAACAAGCAUCGAAACAGGCAUCGGAGCAUACUUCAAAUGUUGUUGUUGCUUUACAAAGUAAAUUAGCUGAUACAUCCAUGUGUUUUAAAGAUGUCUUGGAAAUAAGAACUGAAAAUAUGAAGAUGACAAAAGAUAAACGAGAUCAAUUUUUAUUUUCGGCAGCAGAGCAAACGACAGACCCCACAUUAGCAAAUUCACCCUUGAUGAAAUCCCGUCGUCGUGGGUUGGAAACGACAGCAGUAACACCACAACAGAAUGUUGUUUUACAAGAGGAGGAGCCACAGGAAUCAACUUUAUCCCUUGGAAUACCCAUGAUCACUCAACAGCAACAACAGGAAAUGAUGGUGAUGGAACAGGAUAGAUAUAUCGACAAUCGAUCCACUGCUAUAGAGAGUAUUGAAAGUACUAUUGCGGAAUUGGGUGGCAUUUUCCAACAGUUAGCUACAAUGGUAGCAGAACAAAGAGAAACAGUGCAGAGAAUUGAUCAGAAUACAGAUGAUAUAGAAAUGAAUGUCAUGGGAGCACAACGGGAGCUACUGAAAUACUACACAAGUAUUAGCUCAAACCGUUGGCUGAUAGCCAAGAUCUUUGUAACCAUUGUACUCUUUUUCCUACUUUUUACAUUUAUCAUGUAA